AUGGCCCCCUUCGACCCCAGAGCGCAGACGUUCGUUCUGCUCGCAGCCGACGGCGUCACAGAGAUACCCGUUUCCGUGCCAGAUGUCAAUACUGUCAUCCGUGAGAAUCUGGCCACCUCCAUCAAUUAUGCCUCCCAGCUCGGUGCCAGUUUCAUCAUGCUCCUCGUCCUCAUCUGCAUGAGUCCGACCACCAGGCUCGCCAAGGCUUCGCAGUGGGUGCACAUCGUGGGCUUGCUUCUUUGCAUCAUACGCCUGACCUUCCUCACCGUCUACUUCACCAGCGACUGGACCGAGUUCUACUCGUUCUGGGCCCUCGAUUACUCCACCAUCGCCCCCAGUCAAGUCCACACGAGCAUUACCGCCGAGGUCUUCUCCUUUCUCUUCUUCGUCUCAGUCCAGGUCGCUCUCGGCAUGCAGGCCUGGGCCAUGGUUAAUCUCCUGCCCGACUUUUGGAAGUGGUUCUUCGUCGCCCUUUCAGGGGUCAUGUCCCUGCUCGCCAUUGCCUUUCGCCUCGUCGUGAGCGUUGUCCAGAUCGUGGCCAUGCUGAACAUCUUCUGGGAGCGGCUCAUGUGGGUGGUUAUUACCUCGUCCACCAUCGCCACCACCUCUAUCUUCUAUUACUGCGCGCUCUUCAACGUAAAACUGGUCACCCACCUCAUCGUCAGUAGGAGGGUCCUGCCAUCGAGACGAGGGCUGACUCCGAUGGAAAUCCUCGUCAUCACCAAUGGGCUACUCAUGAUCAUCCCGGUCGUAUUUGCCGGACUUCAAUGGGGCGACUGGACAAUAUUCCAAGCCGGCUCUGUCACGUACACAUCCGUCGUUAUCUUCCUGCCCCUUGGCGGCCUCGUCGCCCAACGAGCCUCCUUUUCUUCCAGCACUUACGAACUUGCUCGCAACGACACCGGCACGGGGAAUUCCAUCACCCCCCUGAAAUUCGGCUCGCACUUCGGCACCAACCCUACCGACAGCACAUGUGUCCCAAGCACCGUGACCUCACGGAUCGAAGCGACUCGCUCGCGGGACAUUGUCGACCCCAUCGACUUGGAGCUACGUGAGAUCGACGAGGGAGGGAGCAACCCGGCCGAGAAGGGAGGGGUGCGGGUCAACCGCGAGUUUGACCGACGUGAGGAGAGGAUCUAG